UGUGUUUACUCGUUUGUCAAUGCGUUACUCAGGCGUGGGUUGUGAAUUAAUGCUGGGUGGAGAAAAGCUACGUAUUUCUUUUGUUUUCUCAAAUACUCCAUAUUCCUACUGUUCUAUCGAAUUAGUGAAGUAAUGGAAUGAAUGAUAAAACAUAAAUAACGACUCUAUCCUAUCGAAAAAUGGAGUUUGUCGAUUUAAAAAAAUACGUGACGGUGAUCGUGUGCCUCUGUUGUUUGGGCGUUGUCGGACAAUACGAAUGGCAAAUUCGAGAUUCUUUUGAUGAAAUUCGUCUAAGAAUGGAUAAGAUUAAUCAAUAUAAUUGUCUUAUUCAACAUCUCGGAGAUCUUUACCUGCCAGAGGACUCGGUCUCUCAUUUACCCGAUAUCAAAGACAUUAACAUUAAUCCCGUGUUUCCGAAUCGAACUGCUUUAUUGCAUCUUCAUAAUAUGGCUCUUAGCAGAUCUUUUUUCUGGAGUUACAUUUUACAGUCACGAUUUAUACGUCCAGCCAUCAACGAUACGUACGAUCCGGGCAUGAUGUACUAUUUCUUGUCUACAGUUGCAGACGUUUCCUCGAAUCCGCAUAUAAAUGCCUCUGCUAUAUAUUUCUCUCCAAACAUGUCCUAUUCCCCAUCCUACAGAGGUUUUUUUAAUAAGACUAUGCCCAGAUUUGCUCCAAGAACAUUCAGAGCAGACGAUUUCAACGAUGCGAUACAUUUGGAAAGAAUAUCCACGAGAAACACAUUUACGGUACAAGAUCUUGGAGCUUUUCCAAGCGGUAGUCUCAGCGAAGAUUAUACAACGGAUUAUCAUCGGAUAAAUGAAUGGUACAAAAAAUGGUUGCCAGAUCAUGUUGAGAAAAGACACGACACUAAAACCACUUAUCAAGUUGAAAUUCGGUAUGCUAAUAAUACUAAUGAAACAUUUACAUUUCAUGGACCACCAGGCGCGGACGAAUAUCCUGGACCUGUACGAUGGACUAGGCCAUAUUUUGACUGUGGCAGAUCAAAUCGAUGGCUGAUCGCUGCGGUUGUACCUAUCGCAGACAUUUAUCCAAGACACACAGGAUUCAGACACAUCGAGUAUCCGACAUAUACAGCAGUAUCUGUAAUGGAAAUGGAUUUUGAAAGAAUAGAUAUAAAUCAGUGUCCUAAAGGGGAAGGGAACAUUAGACCAAAUAGAUUUGUAAAUACUGCUCGAUGUAAAACAGAAACCACAGAGUGUGAACCAUUACAUGGUUGGGGUUUUCGAAGGGGAGGAUAUCAAUGCAGAUGUAAGCCAGGUUUUAGGCUACCUACUGUAGUACGACGGCCAUAUCUUGGAGAAAUUGUAGAAAGGGCAACUCAAGAACAAUAUUAUAAUGGAUUUGAUUGCACUAGAAUAGGAUGGAUCCAAAAGACACCAGUACAAUGGGAAAAGGCAAAUCCAUAUCUUAGAGAACAAUACCUUGAGCAAUUUUAUCAUUACAGAAAUUAUUCUCUUGGACCAGAUGCUCUUAGAUCUGAGAAAAUAAAUAUAGAUCAAGCCCUUAAAUUUAUCUUAAGCGUAAAUGCUAAAACAUGCAAAAAUUACACGCAAGAAGAGUUAACAUUGCGCGGAGACAUAGGUUUUGAUGCCAAAGAAUUCUUUGAAAAUGAAGCAAAAAUGGCGGCUCGAUUGGCAAAUUUUAUCAGUGCCUUUUUACAAAUUUCGGAUUCCCAUGAAGUUUAUUCUGGUAAGAGAGUAGCAGACAGAUCGCUUACCGAAGAUCAAAUGAUCGGAGAAACUCUAGCUUUAGUUCUCGGAGAUACGAAAAUAUGGUCUGCUGGGACAUUUUGGGAUCGUAACAAAUUCACAAAUAGAACAUUCUUUGCCCCAUAUGCCUAUAAAACUCAACUGAACACGCGAAAAUUCAAAGUCGAAGAUUUAGCCAGGUUCAAUAACACAGGCGAAGUAUACACUAAAAAGAAUUAUUUUCAAAUACUGAAACAAAGAUGGGCAACAAAUUUUGACGAAUUAGAGAAAUAUUAUAUGAAAAUAAAAAUUAGAUACAAUGAAACUGGAGAACAUUUAAAAAAAUACGAACAUUAUCCAAAUUCUUAUAGGGCCGCAAACCUGAACCAUGGUCACUGGACAACUCCGUACUUUGAUUGUAACGGUAAAAUGGAGAAAUGGGUAAUUACUUAUGCAUCCCCAUUUUUUGGCUGGGACAGCUUGAAAGAGAAACUGGAAUUCAAAGGUGUUAUAGCUGUUACUAUGGACCUGCUUCAGCUUGACAUCAACCAAUGCGACGAUGUGUUUUACACACCCAAUGCGUUUAAGGGUACACAUAAAUGUGAUAAGAAAACGUCAUACUGCGUACCGAUUCUGGGUAGAGGUUUCGAAACUGGUGGAUAUAAAUGUGAAUGUAAACAAGGUUUUGAAUAUCCAUUUGAAGAUUUAAUUACGUAUUACGAUGGCCAAUUAGUAGAGGCUGAAUUCAAUAAUCUAGUUAACGAUCAAGCAACCAGAUACGAUAUGUUUAAAUGUCGAUUAGCUGGUGCUUCGUCAGCCCAAAGUAGCUGGAUAUUAUUGCUCACAUCGAUGUUUUAUUACCUGAUUAGAAAUAAAUAAUGAACUAAA